AGGAAAGUGUCAAAGUCUUGAAAAUUAAAAACCUACUCUUCGGGAAGACGUCAUUCAUCAGCCGAAAAGACUGCAAAAUUUCGCUUGCGAAAUUAAAUAACGCUAUUCAAAAUAAUUGAAUAACCAUAAUUUUGCGUUGUUUACAUUUAUAUAAUAAUGUGUGAUUGAAUUGUAGUCAGGCAGUGUUGUGUGCUAUAAUUUUUCGUCAUGGAUCCAACAUUUACUAAGCCCCAAAACCUUCGGCCAGCUAUGUGGCUGUUAUGCAUUAGCAACGUGGCCUCACUCCUGGCUGCUCUCAACCUCGUCAUCUGGCUGGAACCGGACGAGAGGAUAUCAAUACCGCGAGGAAGUGCUUUAACAGUCCUGGGUCUGGUUUAUUUCACGAGCCUGUUCGAGAUCCUGAACGUGUGGGCUCUGUACACGGAGGCCGGCAGUCGGAUCAGGCACCAGUACGCGCUGAGCCACGGAGACGUUUUGGACAUCAACAACAAGCUGGUGUCUGCCGUCCAGGCGGUGUAUUGCGUGGCGACGGGCGUGGUGGUGUGCAGCCACUCGUGCCGCCGCGACUUCAUGCGCGCCUCCCACUACAUGUCAGAGGCGUACGCGUGGUUCGGAGCCGCCUACUUCUUCUACGACAUAUGGUCCAUGUACAUGGUUCACAUCCAGAUGGUCUCCGGCGGGGAGUCGAUGAAGGAGCAGGUCCGGAGGCGGGUGAGCGAGAGGAAGGCGCCGGUUUCGUUCCUCAAGUACUGCGCGCACGAGCCCGUCAUACUGCUGCACCACGUCUUCAUAGGGGGCUUCGGCUUCCUGGUCAUUGUUCACCUGCGCGGCUCGCUGGGCGACUGCGCGUUCGGCUGGGUGUACGGCAUGGAGGCGUCGACGCCGCUGGUGUGCGCGCGCGGCGUGCUGGCUCGCCUGCGCCUCAAGCGCUCGCCGCUCUACCUCGCCAACGGCCUGCUCAUGCUGCUCACCUUCCUGCUGUGCCGCGUGCUGUCGCUGCCCUACGUGUGCUGGCUCUACAGCCGCGAGCUGGGACUCACCUACGCGCAGGCGAUACAGUCGCUGCCGACGGGCUGCAAGAUAUCCAUCUGCAUCCUCCUGCUCCCGCAGCUGUACUGGUUCUACCUGAUGUCCGCGGGGGCGCUGAAGAUGCUGUUCCGCGCCGGCAAGCCCGCAGAGCUCGACGGCAAGGCGCCCCGGCCGACACCCCCGGCCGACAGGUCCGCCGGCGACGCGACCGAAGUGACCGACAAGCACAGUUGAUGUCGGCGGAGGAGCCGCAAGCGGAAACCAAAGGCUUAGUUUUAUAUAUCCCUAGUUCUUUGUUUUGACUUUGGAGGAUAGAGGUAAAAAACACCAUCUUGUAUAGGAGACAAGUUGAAGUGUCCACCUGUAAACAGUAACUUAUUGUUGGAAGACUCACCUAAGUAGCGCUAGUGUAGAUGUCUAUGGGCUUCAGUAACCACUUAAUACCAGGUGGGCUGUGAACUCGUCCAUACAACUAAGCAAUAAAAAAAAAACAUAAAUUAGUUAUAGAUAAGCAACUCAAGCACUCAACAAAAAUGUUUAUGGGCGUUGGCCACUAGAUGGCUUCGCUUCGAUUAGUUUCUUACUGCUCCUGUAGAUGGCAGUAACAUAUUACCUAUAUUUUAUUUUUAAUGAAGGAUUUUGUAAAUUUUGAAAAAAAUAAUGAUAUGAAUACCAGUUUUACCAAAUGACAGUUUUAAACAGAGUGUAGUGUGGUAGUUUUGGCGCUGUUUUUAAAAAAAAUCCUUCCACUUGCUACUGUGGCGCCAUCUACAUUAGCUCGUUUUCGGCGGGUACUUUGCAAUACACAGAUGGUGCUCCUUGCCUCUACCCUCCACAGGUUUAGCUGGAGUGACGCUUCCGUAUUUUCUUUAAGCAACUGCUCUGACAACGACGUCUAAUCUAAGUCUAAGAAGCACAGCCUCCAUUUUAUGCCGCAUUUGACCCCGCAUUUGAUGUCAAACAGAUUUGUUUGCUCUUUGUCUGGGCGAUGUCUAUGUCAUCAUUCUCCUGUCCUUCUCCCAGUCACGUGGGGUCGGCGCAACAUGAUUUUCUCCUUCCAUGCUCCUCUAUCAUAUACAAUUUUUUCUCUCACUCCCCUCAUAUACAUAUCGUCUUUCACGCAAUAAUCUGCGUAAUGUCUAUGUAUGGAUAUAUAUCUGAUCGUACAUAUAGACGGGAGAAAGCGUAAAUUUCGUAAAUCACACUUUGGGCUAAAUUAAUUUUUAAUAUAAAUACAUACCAAUUUUCAAGUCUCUGUCUUUAUAAAUGUGACUUAUGAAUUUUUGAAAUAGUUUAAUGGUUCCGGAUUGGAUUUCUUCCAUCGAUACGUACAUCCGUCUCCGGCCCCCACAGUCUGGGAGCGGCGGGGGACCGGGUGCCUCGUCCCCGGUUAUUAUUAUUAGUAUUUAUCCAUACAUAUACAUAUGUAAAUAAACAAUGACAUGUCAGUUCCGAAUCAUUUGUCUGUUUGUCAACUAAUUUUCUUCUUUUUUUUAUUUAUUCGUUCGUAUUGAAGAUAUUUAGUAUACGUAAAAUGAGCAAAAGAUAAAAUGGAUCUAAACAUUGUGGUGAUACGGUUGAAAUUCGAUGGUAUCUCGGGCACUAGUCACUUAAUAGAAUCAUUAAAGGCAGCAUUCUAAUCGACGGAUUCUGCAAUACUAGGCUGUCUCCGUAUCUUCUCAUUGUGCUGUUAGAAACGUCGCUUAAGAUAAGAAUUAUCAUUCACCCCCACAAUCCGAUGUGGCAGCUUCGCUCGCUUGAGGCCGGACCCCGACGCGCAUGUAAGGCCUCAAUUUGAUACUAAGUCAUUGUUUUAUUUUUAAAAAACUUCUUUAUAUUAUAUACUAGCGACCCGCCCUCGCUUCGCUUCGGAAACUGUAAUUUAUUAUUGAUUUCUACACUAUUUAAUGGAUGUUAUUAUACAUAUAAACCUUCCUCUUCAAUCGCUCUGUCUAUUAAAAAAAACCGCAUCAAAAUCCGUUGCGUAGUUUUAAAGAUUUAAGCAUACAUAGGGACAGACAGAUAUAGGGACAGAGAAAGCGAGUUUGUUUUAUACUAUGUAGUGAUUUGCAAUUUACGAAAAAAACGACAGUAAUUUUUUAGUAAUGUUCUCGAAUGUUCGCUUUUGUUCUUUGCUUAAACCGUGUAUAAUCAUCCAUUUGAUUAUUAUUAACAGAGACCGCUUACGUUGACCGGACCGUCAACGCAAUCGCGCUACCACAUAAUUAGGUACAAGUAAGUUUGUUGACCCCUGAGCUUAUCACGGCUUCCAUUGCGGCGUCAUUAACUAUCUAUCAGAUUAUUGAUUCGCAGCAUCUCAGCUCGGAGAAUGGUUCCCGCGCACACGCACAACAUGGAAUCUCCGCGUGCCUUUAAAAAAUCGCACAAAAAUUAACCGUUACGUUAACAAAUUAAAAAUAACAUAAUGCGUGAGUGGUGUUAAAACAGAGUAGCAGUGCAGAACGCCACCGGUAGAUGGCGCUGUUUUAAAAUAUUUUUAGCGUCCAUAUUGUUGUAGUUACCCGCGUCGCCGCCAGAUGGCAACUGUGGCGCAGCUCUAAACGUGUCCACUUUACGGCGACGACUUGUAGGUUUAAGUAUUUUAACAAAUAAAUAUACCUUUCGAAAUUCUUCCCACAUAGUAGUGGCCCGUGAGUUCGUUUUUCCAUUUUCGCAAAUAAAAAAAAUGAGCAAUGGACAUUAAAAAUUAUUAUUAAUUUAAAAAUUUCGAAUUACUAAUUUAUUAUAAAAACGCGGCCAUGUUACAGUAAGAUUUCAAUAAAUCAUGUUAAUCUAUGUAACUAUCCAUAUUAACCAUACUUAAUCUACAAAUAGUAAGGUCAGGUAUGAAAAAAGGAAAAAAUCACUAGAGACGAAUUCCAGUAGCAAUCAGAUCCGAUCUUAUUUCGAGAAUCAAUAUAGAACAAAAAUAUACGAACAGUGAAGUAGGAAUCGUCUAUUGUGUGGUCUUCCUCACAGACAAUAUGUUUGCAUUUAAAAGUUUACAAAUCUUAUUCUUUAUAACAAAUUUCCAACGAGCAUUUAAAAACUUAUUUUAUCUUUUGUACAGUAACUCCGAAUUUACGUCUUUCCGUAGUUGUAGUUAUGAGCGUAUUAUAGUCACAUGGGGACGCAGUCCCCGGGUCGGGUGUGCCCCUGGGUUGGGUGUGCCCCUGAGUCGGGUAUGCCCCGGGUCGGAUUUGCCCCUGGGUAGAGUGUGCCCCGGGUCGGAUUUGCCCCUGGGUAGUGUGCCCCCUGGGUCGAGUGUGCCCCCGGACCAACAUCCGGUGUCGACGGUCUUUUUAGUGGCUAAUUAUUUGCGUAAUCAUCGUCUAGUUGCAUCUAAAUAUUUAAAUUCACAAUGUAGUGAAAGACUCCAUUACAUUUAUUUUGAAGAGUAUAUUUACAGAGUGGCAUGAUCGUAAAUUAAUAUAUUAUUAUAUAUUUAGUAUUUCUUAUUAGACAAUUUACUAUAUAUUUUGACUCGUUAAAAAGAACUUCCUUAGUGUAUACAUACCUCCGUCGCGUUGAACUGGUGGCUCGUAUUGUGACGCUGAACAAAUACAGUAAAAGCUCCUUAUCCGCGCUUCCUUCUUCCUCGUUUUAACUAUUCGCGGAUUGAAAAAAAAUGCGAACCAAUUCCUAUAUUCGCGUCUAAAGAUUUCUUUAUUCGCGGAUCUAAUCGUGACGUCACAUACACAUUGAUAAAAAUAUUCCAAUAUGUAAGUAUUCAACCGCAAAAUCCUUUAUAAAUGCGUCGUCAAAUGCACUAAUAAAAAAGUAAAUUAGACCUUAUUAGAACUACGCCUAAGGUAUGUUUUUAUUUAGGAACGUAUCCCUUCAUAUAAUACCAUUUAUGCAAUUACCAUAUUUAAGAAACAUAUAGCCCGCGUAUAAAAAGCUUUUACUGUAAAAAAUUUUUAGAGAUUACGUUCAAACGGAUACACGUACAGACAGUAUUUUAGGAUCUGCAUGACUCUUAACAAUAGACGAUAUAUUAUUAUAAAUGAGCUUAAUAAACUUAAUAAACUUUUAAACAUUAGACUCACACAGCGUUGUUACGAGUUUGAAAUUAUUAACGAAAAAAAAUAUAAAAAAAAACGAAAAAAAAAGUUGUUCCUAAUGUGUACGUGCUUUAAUUUAUGUUAUAGUCAAUGGGGUAGAUAUGUUUUUCUUCUCGGUAAUAAUUUAUUAUCACUAGUAAUAAAAUUAUCAAUGCGUUUAUUGUUUAAUAUUUAUGUUGUCUGCGAUGUCUAGCAGUCGGUACUAUGGCAGGCUUAAAAAACACUUUUUAUAUUAUUAUUAACAAAUCAUUUACCUUUGGUCUUUUGGGCUGUGAGCCAAUGUAUAGUUUCAUUGAAUUGAAGUGCUUAGUGCGAGUUUUUAACGUUCUCGAUAGCGUAAAAGUUAACUCACAUUUGUAUAGAGAUGGAAUGUUUGUCUACGUUUGCCGCUAGGGACGCUGUUCCAACUGCAUACAAAUUGGAAUUAACUUUUACGCUAUCGAGAACGUUAAUAAAAGCUUGGUUUAGAUCUUAUAUAUCGGUGUGCUUAGUGCAAAUUUUUAACGUUUUCGAUAGCGUAAAAGUUAUCUCAAAUUUGUAUAAAGUUGGAACAGCGCCCCUAGCGGCAAACGUAGGCAAACGAUCCAACUCCAUACAAAUUUCAGUUAACUUUAACGCUAUCGAAAACGGUAAAAAAUUCGCACUAAACACACAGAUUAGGGAUGUCACUACAUUCGAGUAAUGUGUACAAUAGCCACUCCUUGUUUAACGACAAUUAAUGUUUAAGGAAAAUGUCAACAUAAUAUUUCGGUUGGCGCAUCUAAUUAGAAGAGUUGGUGGACCGCAGCACGAAUGGCAUCCGCCAUGAAAUAGUCUGAUUUCAUUCAAGCGAUAUAACCCUUUUAUAACUAGAACUACUUCAAAAGAAACUAUGGUUCAUUUUAUAAAUGACUUAAAAUGGCGGAUAAACCGUGCAGUACCUAAUAUAAUUGGAUCUUUUUUCCCGCCAAACCAUGUUGAAUGUCUGUUUGUUAAAAUUUCAUGGAGAUUUUGAGGUCACAUUUCUCACGUACACUUUGAGGUCCACUGACCACAGCCACGGAGACGUAAAACUCGAUAACGAUUUUGUAUUCUGUUGUUGGCGAAUUCGUGAUCCAAAUACGAGUUUUUUUUUUUCUUUUUCGAUUAGCUGCGGUUUUUAUUAAUGAAAUGUAUGAAUUUGUAACAAAUAGCGUGUAUUUUGUGAUUUACGUAAGAUACGUAAUGUAUUUUAAUGUUACCAGUGUUAAAUAAGGUAGCUUGUUGUUGUUAAUUUUGGAGCUGAGCACUAAAAAUAAUGUUUAUAAAUAACACGUUUUAGUUAUUUGUGGAGUUUUCUGUCUUGCCGUCGGUGUAUUGACUUGGUUUUUAUUCCGUACUAUUAAUUGAGGCCGUCAGAGCAAAAGUGGCCUAGUCCGAAAAAAGUCAUAUUCGUGCUUAUAUAUUGCAAUUUAUUUAAAACAUAAUAAAUUUUGAUGCAAAGCCGUCCUAUCCCUAGUUUCAACCAUAGAUAACAGAUGGCGUAGUAAACAUUUUUGCGGGUUUUUUUUUGCCUACAAAGCAGGUAAAAGUAAAUUCAAAACUCAUUAUCUCCAUGCUGGUUUAGGUCGCUUAUGCACUGAGGGCCUCAAUUAUGAACCCGAAUGCAGUAUUUAAAAAACUCGAAUAUAGUAUUUAAUUUGUUUUAUUUUGAUUUUGAUUGCGGAUCCAAUGCACACGGUAGACUGAGACGUAAAAUAAUUGAUGGGGAAAUAGGCUAAUUGACGGAAAUUACUGAUCGUUUUGGAUUUUGUAACAUGAGCAGACAACCGAUGAGGUAGACCGACGAUCUGGUCAAAAUAUUUACUGGUGGUAGGACCUCUUGUGAGUUCGCACGGGUAUGUACCACCGCCCUGCCUAUUUCUGCCAAAAAGCAGUAAUGCGUUUCGGUUUGAAAGGUGGGGCAGCCGUUGUAACUAUACUGAGAUCUUACAACUUCUAUCUCAGGCGGGUGGCUCAUUUACGUUGUAGAUGUCUAUGGGCUCCGGUAACCGCUUAACACCAGGUGGGCUGUGAGCUCGUCCACACACUUAAACAAUAAAAAAAAUUGCUGGUAGGGACUGUGUGCAAAAGGCAAGAUACCGGAAAGAACGGAGUGCACAUGAUGAGACCUACACUCAGCAUUGGGUGGAGACGGGUUAAAGAAGAGAAGAGACUAAGCUGCGCAUCAUAGCAUUAUGAGUAAGGGGUAGGGGAGAAUUUGAAAACAAAUCCUACAAUAGUAAAUUACAUUAGUUACAUUACAAUAUUAACUUACAUAUGUGUGUGAGUGUGUGUGUGAGCGUAUGUGUGUAUCCAUACAUGGUAUUUAGGCAUCUGUUCAAUUGUUAAUUUUUUUCUUAUGUUAAACAUUUAAACUUCUAAUUUAUAUGGUUGUAAAUUGUUUUGUGCAUCAAAAAAAAAAUUUAUUGACAAAGUACUGCUCGAUAUCAGAGAUAUAACGUCCGAUAUACAUCUCCAAACUUUUUCAAAUUAAAUAUCACGUAAUUGAAUUGAUCAAACUAAUAAAUUAUUAAACGUACAAGCAUAUCGAAACAAAGACACUUGUUAUAAUUGUAAUAUCAUUUAAUUACGUUGAUAACAAAUUAAAAUGAACAGAACUUACUAAUUGGGAAUUAUGUUAUCAAUAAUCUGUGUUCAACAUCGAUAGGGGUGUCGCGAACUUGUUUUAGAAGUUUAGAUAAUAAAAGUAGGUGUAGGUUAAAUCGCACAUUAAAGCAUGUCCUAAGUGAGACUAAGAAGCGUCCGUGGCCGCAGGUCAGACGUCCGGUAUAUAAGUCGCGCCAAUAAAGAAACGAAUCCAAAAUGGCGUCUAUGUACCUGCACUGACAGAUGGUAGGGUCAACAAAUAAAAAGAAAGAUGGAAACAAAAAGUUGUUUAUUGUAAAAAAAUAUAAAAAAACGAAUGAGAAUGUACUUUACUUUACUUUAUUCCCUGGCAGAGAGGGAGGUGUCUCAUCAGGGAUGCAACUUGCGUAGACACUUUUGCUGCCAGCCAUCUAAGUCGCACAACUCGAAAGUGAAAAAACUCGAACUCAACAACAAAGUCAGAACUGAUAUCUUUUUUGCAUGCAGUACGCGUCGUGUGCGACUAAAGACAGCAAUAGCUUUGAGUGAGAGCGCAUGAUCGACGCCGCCAUUUUAGAUUGGUUUCUUUAUUGGCGCGGCUUAUACUUGAGUUUUUUUUUAUUGCUUUGAUGUGUGGACGAGCUCAAGUCGUUUUUCCCCCCUACCUCUGGGUGGUAGGUGAGUUCACAGGGCUUAACCUGAGAGAGUUUGUUAGCACUGGCCCAGUAAGAGCAGUGCUUCGCAGAAUCUACCACCGGAUCGUAAACACGACCCACUGAGAAGAUCCGGCGAGAAACUCAGUGGGCUCGUUACUAGUGUCCAGUGCGGUGACUACGUCAGGAGCACGAAGAUCGAAAAAGUAAUCGUAUCGAUAUCGAGAAAAAGUUAUUUAAACAGCGCCCCUACCGGCCGUAAAAAGAAUUAAUGUCAGCAGCACGAAUGAACCUACUUUCGUUUCGCAAUCGUAUCGUCGCGUUCUCGAAACUCGAAACUCAUAAUCGAGAGCACGAAAAUUGUUUUGACAUACGGUAACGUAAAUCUCGAAGGCUGUCUGGCUAUCGAAUACCAUCUAAUGUACUCGAUAUAUUUACAUUACGAAUUCGAUAGAUUUUCAAUCUUGACGUACAGAUCUUCAUUCCUGCUCUAGUCAGAUCCCGUUUUUUUUUAAAUCAGUACAAUUUAACAUUUAUCGCGACUUUACGAUUUAGAAUAUCGAGUUAUUAAAACGAAACCCGCAAAAUUUUAAAAAUUGCGUAUUUACAAGCCGUAUGCAGCGCAGAAUAUUUUAUUUACAACACUGAAGAUCGAUUUAAUUAAUUUUGGCGAUAGUAAUUCACUGAUAUACCUUUUUAGACUCGUAUUGUUCUGAUGAAUUAUUAUUAUUAAUUUAGUGUUCAGCUCCAAACAGUCAUGUAUGUAAUUAGAUGUGAUAUAUAUAUAUAUAUAUAGAGUAUGGCGUCGUCUCCUGGUCGCCUCGACUAAGACUGCGUUUAUUUUGCACUCAGUGUUGUUGAUGUAUUAAAAACAUUAUAAAUGUGA